UUCAGUUGAGUUCGAAGCGUUAUGUGAAGACUGUCGUCGGCCGCGAGUUUUUUCGGAAAAUCAACUUGAACGCGUACAAAAGUGCUGCCGUGUUUAGUGCACACACACACCUACACGUACGUGCGUGUAAAUAUUUGUGUAUACAAGCAACAGCAGAAAUAGAAGAGAAGAAAAAAUCGAAUAACAUGAAAUCAUGUUUUCGAUCAAUUUAAAAACUACUUGAAACAAUUAAAAAAAAGACCAAGAAUUAACGCACAUAUUCAUUUGGUUAAUAAAUAAAAUUCCACGACAAAAUUUUUAUACAAAAAAAGAAAUAAAAUUAAAUUUAAUUAAAUUUAAAACUUGGUUGAGAAUAUGACGACUACGACCAAAAGCAACAACAAAGACGGCAGCAAAAUGUCUGCAGCAACAACGAGAAAAACAGCAUUUCGGAUAAAACCACAUUCACAGCGACGAAGUCUACAAAUAAAGCAGCAGCCACAGCGAAAUUUACUCAUUGGAUUAAUUUUAACAACAAUUUGCGCACAGCAUGUCAACUGUGCGGAUUUAGCCAUAAGCAUACCUAAUAAUCAAGGAUUAGACGAUGCCUUUUAUCGUCUAGACUAUAGUCCGCCAUACGGGUUUCCCGAGCCAAACACAACAAUCGCCUCUAGGGAUAUUGGCGAUGAGAUUCAAUUCUCGCGUGCCUUGCCGGGCACAAAGUACAAUUUUUGGUUGUACUACACAAAUUUCACGCACCAUGAUUGGUUAACGUGGACGGUGACCAUUACAACGGCACCUGAUCCGCCUUCGAACUUAUCAGUGCAGGUACGUAGCGGUAAAAAUGCCAUAAUCUCUUGGUCUCCGCCUAUACAAGGCAAUUAUUCAUCGUUUAAAAUAAAAGUGCUGGGUCUUUCUGAAGCUUCCAGUUCAUAUAAUCGUACGUUUCUUGUGGAAAAUGCACUCCAACACAGUGCCAAGGAACUGACACCAGGUGCCACAUAUCAAGUGCAAGCAUACACAAUUUAUGAUAAUAAAGAGUCAGUUGCAUACACCAGUCGUAACUUCACUACAAGUAGAAGGACGCGGCAUAAAGAUUUGCUGGAUAUAAAAAUCUUACGAGAGCCAAACACUCCAGGGAAAUUUAUAGUCUGGUUUCGUAAUGAAACCACUUUACUUGUGCUUUGGCAACCACCGUAUCCUGCCGGUAUUUACACGCACUAUAAAGUGUCCAUUGAGCCACCAGAUGCACUCGAAAGUGUGUUGUACGUAGAGAAGGAGGGUGAACCGCCCGGUCCGGCACAAGCAGCAUUUAAAGGGCUCGUGCCUGGACGUGCAUAUAACAUAUCAGUGCAGACAAUGUCCGAAGAUGAAAUUUCAUUGCCGACAACAGCACAAUAUCGCACAGUACCUCUGCGUCCGCAGAAUGUUACCUUCGACAAAGACUACAUAACAUCGAAUUCAUUCCGUGUGCAAUGGGAUGAGCCGAAAGGCGUUUCAGAAUUUGAUAAAUACCAAGUGUCAUUAGCUACGUCACGUCGCCAAUCGCCUGUAUCGCGAACAAAUGAACCGGUAGCGUAUUUCGAUUUUCGGGAUAUUAUGGAACCGGGCAAAACGUUUAAUGUCAUUGUGAAAACGGUUUCAGGAAAAGUAACUUCAUGGCCAGCAACUGGUGAUGUCACAUUAAGACCAUUGCCAGUGCGUAAUUUGAGAGCAUUAAACGAUGAAGCAAAUUCAAUGAUUAUAACCUUCGAACCGGACCCAGCGAGUACACAAGAUGAAUAUCGCAUUGUCUAUCAUGAGUUGGAGACCUUUAAUGGUGAUACGAGUACUUUAACCACCGAUCGCACUCGUUUCAAUCUUGAAAGCUUACUACCAGGUCGUAAUUACUCACUAUCUGUGCAAGCCGUUUCUAAAAAAAUGGAAUCUAAUGAAACUGCAAUAUAUGUUGUAACACGUCCCUCAUCACCUAUAAUUGAAGAUCUGAAAAGUAUUAAAUCUGGUCUAAACAUCAGCUGGAAGAGUGAUGUGAACUCUAAGCAAGAACAAUUUGAAGUGCUCUACUCGCGUAAUGGUACUUCAGAAGUGCGUACAGUUUUAACUAAAGACUCACGUUUAGUUAUAAAGAAUUUGCAUCCUGGUGCUGGUUAUGAAGUUAAAGUUUUUGCUGUAAGCCAUGGUUUAAGAAGUGAACCACAUUCCUAUUUCCAAGCAGUUUAUCCUAAUCCACCGCGUAAUAUGACGAUCGAGACCGUACGUAGUAAUUCUGUAUUAGUACGUUGGUCACCACCAGAAAAUAGUGAUUACACUGAGUAUUUUAUACGUUACCGCACUGAUAGUGAACAGCAAUGGGUGCGCUUACCAAGUGUACGUUCGACUGAAGCUGAUAUUUCCAACAUGACGAAAGGUGAAAAAUAUACAAUACAAGUGAAUACGAUUAGUUUCGGUGUCGAGAGUCCAACACCACAAGAAGUGAAUACAACUGUGCCUCCUAAUCCAGUUUCAAAUAUUAUACCCUUGGUGGAUUCUCGAAAUAUCACUUUGGAAUGGCCAAAACCAGAAGGUCGUGUAGAAUCAUAUAUACUAAAAUGGUGGCCUACUGAUAAUCCCACAAAAACACAAACGAAAAAUGUGUCAGAAAAUAAAUCAGCCGAUGAUCAUUCCACAGUGCGAGUAUUGAUUGGUGACCUCAUGCCUGGUGUGCAAUAUAAGUUUGAUAUACAAACGACAUCAUAUGGAAUUUAUUCAGGCACUACUCAUUUGUCUACACGUACAAUGCCUCUCAUACAAUCUGAAGUAGUUGUUGUUAAUGAUAAGCAAGAAGAUGAGCGAGAUACCAUAACCCUAUCGUAUACACCUACUCCUCAAUCUUCAUCUAAAUUCGAUAUAUAUAGAUUCUCAUUGGGAGAUCCUGAAAUUAAAGAUAAGGAAAAACUUGCCAAUGAUACUGAUCGCAAGGUUACUUUCACUGGUCUCAUACCAGGACGUUUGUACAAUAUUACAGUUUGGACCGUUAGUGGCGGUGUUUCUAGUUUGCCAAUACAAAGGCAAGAUCGCUUAUUCCCUGAACCGAUUACACAAUUACAUGCUACGAAUAUUACCGACACAGAAAUUUCGCUUAAAUGGGAUAUACCAAAGGGAGAGUACAACGAUUUUGAUGUGCAAUAUUUAACCGCUGACAAUAUACUCGCACAAAAUGUUACCACACGAAAUGAGAUAACAAUAAUUGACCUACGACCACAUCGUAAUUAUACUUUCACUGUUGUUGUACGUUCUGGUACAGAGUCUUCAGUACUACGUAGUAGUUCACCAUUAUCUGCCAGCUUUAGCACCAACGAAGCUGUGCCUGGUCGUGUUGAACGUUUCCACCCCAUCGAUGUACAGCCAAGUGAAGUAGUUUUCGAGUGGUUGCUGCCAUCAAGUGAAGCAAAUGGUGUUAUAAGACAAUUCUCAAUUACAUAUACAAAUGUUAAUAACAUGUCUGAAACGAGGACUCAAGAUUAUGAUUCUAGCGAGACAACUGGGGCAGUUAGAAGUCUUAAACCUGGUGAAACAUACAUAUUCAAAAUACAAGCCAAAACAUCUAUUGGUUAUGGACCGGAAAGAGAAUAUAAACAAACUAUGCCAAUCUUAGCCCCACCAAGACCUGCAACGCAAGUAGUACCAACCGAAGUUUACCGAAGUUCGUCUACAAUACAAAUACGUUUCCGCAAAAAUUACUUCUCCGAUCAGAAUGGACAGGUGCGUUGGUAUACAAUCAUUGUUGCGGAGGAUGAUACUAAAAAUGCAUCUGGUCUAGAAAUGCCAAGUUGGCAUGAUGUACAAUCUUAUAGUGUGUGGUUACCAUAUCAAGCUAUAGAUCCAUAUUAUCCCUUUGAAAAUCGUUCGGUUGAAGAUUUCACAAUUGGCACUGAAAAUUGUGAUAACCGCAAAAUCGGCUACUGUAAUGGAGCACUUAAAUCAGGCACUACUUAUAGAGUUAAAGUGCGAGCAUUUACUGCACCUGAUAAGUUUACGGAUACUGCUUACAGUUUUCCCAUACAAACAGAUCUCUUAUCAUCACCUGAUCAAGAUAACACCUCAUUGAUCGUCGCUAUUACUGUUCCAUUAACCAUUAUUCUCAUACUACUCGUGACGCUCAUCUUUUACAAAAGACGUCGUAACAGCUGUAGGAAAACCACAAAAGACUCACGUGCCAAUGACAACAUGUCGAUCCCUGACAGUGUUAUCGAACAAAAUCGACCGAUCCUCAUCAAGAACUUCGCUGAACACUAUCGUCUUAUGUCAGCCGACUCAGAUUUCCGCUUUAGCGAAGAAUUUGAAGAACUUAAACAUGUUGGCCGUGAUCAGCCCUGCACUUUUGCUGAUUUACCUUGCAAUCGACCUAAGAAUCGGUUCACGAAUAUUUUACCCUAUGAUCAUUCACGUUUCAAACUGCAACCUGUCGAUGAUGAUGAGGGCUCUGACUACAUAAAUGCAAACUAUGUACCCGGACAUAAUUCUCCACGCGAGUUUAUCGUAACACAAGGACCUUUACAUUCCACACGUGAUGAUUUCUGGCGUAUGUGUUGGGAAAGCAACUCACGAGCAAUUGUGAUGUUAACGCGUUGCUUUGAAAAGGGACGUGAAAAAUGCGAUCAAUAUUGGCCAAACGAUACGGUGCCAGUCUUUUAUGGUGAUAUAAAGGUGCAAAUACUCAAUGAUAGUCACUACGCAGAUUGGGUUAUGACAGAAUUUAUGUUAUGCAGGGGAAGUGAACAACGUAUAUUACGCCAUUUCCAUUUCAUAACAUGGCCAGAUUUUGGUGUACCGAAUCCACCACAAACACUUGUACGUUUUGUGCGUGCUUUCCGCGAUCGUAUUGGUACCGAUCAGCGUCCAAUAGUUGUGCAUUGCAGUGCAGGUGUUGGCCGUUCCGGUACAUUUAUAACACUGGAUCGCAUAUUGCAGCAAAUAAAAACUUCCGAUUUUGUUGAUAUCUUUGGUAUUGUCUAUGCUAUGCGUAAAGAACGUGUUUGGAUGGUGCAAACUGAGCAACAAUAUAUCUGCAUUUACCAAUGUCUAUUGGCUGUGUUGGAGGGUAAGGAAAAUAUAGUAGGACCAGCGCGUGAAAUACAUGAUAAUGAGGGCUAUGAAGGACAACAACCACAAUUUGACGAAAAUGGUGAGAUAAUCGCCACAAUUGAAGGACAUAACGAAAUGCAUGAACUACAACCAGAAGAAGCUGAAGAAAUUGAUCAUGAAAACGCUGGUAUCAUACAUAAUGAUCAGCAACCAUUGACAGGAUUUGGUGGUGCAGCACACAGUGCAUCCAUGAGCUCAUUCGGCGUUGGCACUGCUCCACAGACAUAUAACACAGAUGGGAACGAUAGAUGACAUUCAGUCAACCAGGGCGAUAACAAUAACUCUGUAGUUAUCGUUCUGGUUGACAACAAGCCCAGUUCGAUGAUCUGCAAAGAGGGUGCAAUCGAUGUUAUUAGCAUCGGUGGCAGUAAUGGAAUAAUGGGAAGAAAUAGUAAUGGCACACAACAUACAAUAACUAAUGGACAUAAUACACUACAAAGUCGACGCAAAUCGCAGCUCAUAACGUUUAGU